AUGUUCUCUUCCGAAUCUUACGAUUUCGGUGUCGUUCGUGAACGUGUUGUCCUUCAUUUGUCUCCUGCAACAUCAACAAGCAGCUUCCUUAAAGGCUAAUAUCUGUGUUUAUCGAGCUCUGACGCAGUGGCAGCAGCGCGGGCACACUUUUGAUACGUCCUAUCACCGUAAACUUUACUUCUUCCGGAAUCUUGCCACUUUUUCCCUUGUACUCCACUGGCAAACCACACGAUUCUGAAUCGAGGUCGACCAUCUCACCUAAACAUAAAGACAACGACGUCUUUUUCCUAGUAAUGAAGACUGAGCACAAACCUUUGGCAGCGUAUAGAAGAAUCUCAUUGAUAUGUCUCUUUUUACUUCUCGCCGCCUUUGUUCUUCUGUUGCUCGUUGGGAUAUCACUUCCAAUCGUGCAUCCGGUAUACAUUAUGCGGGUAUACGCAACGCCCACCGGACCAGCGACCUCGUUGGAUACAGAGUUAAGGUUCGGAGUAUGGGGAGUAUGUGCUUAUAGUCAACUUAACCCUCCUUCUGUACUUCAUGAUACCGGUCUAUGUUAUGGACCCAGACUUGGAUAUCAAAACGUUAUACCCUCUAUAAUCCUUUCCGAAAUUGGAUUAUCCCAAGCUCUGUUAGAUGCAGCACUGAAGGGCUUACUCGCUGUGCUCAUCAUACACAUAAUAGCUGCAGGAUUCUCUCUCGCCGCACUCUUCACAUCGCUCUUUUUGGCCUCGCGCAGCAUGACCAUUCUCUCACUCGUGUUGACUGUCAUAACAGCUAUCCUGAGCUCGGUGGUAUUUGCAGUUGACGCAGUGGUAGCAGAAGUGGCAAAGUCGAAGAUACCUGCCUUAACUUCAGGCGAUCUGACUGUAGGAGUUGGGAAUGCUGUAUGGAUGGUUCUAGGAGCAUUGAUAGCGUCAUGGCUUGGGGUGAUAUUACUUUCUGCCAGGGCGUGCUUUUGCUGUGGUGUUCGAAGACGAUUUUACGAGUUUGAGAGGGACAAAUACUAAACGCACUGGCGUAAACGGUUUACGAAUCCUUUUUGAAUGCAUGACGAUGAUGUUCUUUUACGAACGACUGAUAGGAAGGAAUUUAUACCUCAGCCUUCUCAGAUACCAUUAAUUAUCUACGCUGGAUAUAGACACUUCAGAAUUGAAUUCACAUAAUCAUUACAAUGAAUGGACGAAGUAGCUUCGUAC